AUGCACCACGAGCUACUCACCUGUCGCCAGGCUUUCCUCUCCCCCCGCAAAACCCUCUUCUCCUCGACACUCCUUCCCUCCCCCAGCCGCCCGUUGCUGCAACCACGCCUGCUCUCCGACUGCUCCUCCUGUGUUCCCCACAACCCCCAUCCAUCCUCCGCCAGAGCGUCCGCCUCCUCGUUCUCUCAAAACGGCGCGUCUUCUUAUCCGCCUUACCAGCAACCCCCCUACCGCCACCAACAACCCUCCUUCCCACCACCUCUCUCCUACCCGCCUUCGUUCCCCACCCCAGCACCUUACCCUCACAACCCCCCGCUACCGUCACACUCGUUUCAACCGCAAUCGGGGUCAGCAACGUGUCCGCCCGGCGUGGGCGUGUUCUGGGACUACGAGAACUGCCCCGUGCCCGUCGGCGCCGACUGCGCUGCGCUCGUGCGGCGCCUGCGCGACGUGGCGCGCGCGUUCGGCGUGGUGCGGAGCGUGCGCGCGUACGGGAAGCCGGAGGAGGUGCAUGCGCGCAUGGUGGGAAAGAUGGGCGCGUGCGGCGUGGAGGUGGUGGCGGUGGCGGCGGGCAAGGAGAUGGCGGACAAGGCCAUCAUCACCGACGCGCUGCUCUUCGCUCUCGACGAGCGCGAGGUCAACCGCAGCGCUUGCUGCCUCGCCCGAGCAAACGCCUUCUUUGCAUCGGCUUCACUCAACGUCCCGCCCUCUCCCUUCUCCUCGCCACCUCCUCGCCCUUCCUUCCUGCCCGUUCUCUUGCAUUCGCACACCUCCCUCCCACGCCCUGCCGCCUGCAGAGCCGUCCCGCCGUGCGUGGUGGUGGUAUCGGGAGACGUGGGGUUUGCGGGCAUGCUGGCGAAGCUCACCAACCGCGGCGUCACCACCGUGCUGCUCGCGCGCCCGCGCAAGAACGGCAGCAAGGGCAAGCGCGGCACCAUCCCCGCGCCCCUGGCGCAGUCAGCGGCCGUCACUCUCGACUGGGACCAGCUCAUCCUUGCGGGGGAGAGCGGUGCAGGUGGGGAGAACGGGGAGGACAAGGAGGAGAUGCAGCAGAGGCUGCGAUCGCUGGAGGAGCGACUUUCGCACGUGGAGAAGGGCGUGGCGAGUGGGGGCAGGGACAGCAGGCCAAGCAGCAGUGGCGCGUGUGAUGGGGCGAAUGAAGCAAGUGAAGCAGCAACGGACAGGGGUCAAGAGAAGAUCACCCCAGGCGAUGCAGAAGCUCCACCGCCGCCGGAGCUCAAGGCAGGUGAGGGGGUGCAAUCCCACGCGGAGGCAGAGGGGGGCCCACUGAGGGAGUCGUGGGCGGACGUGAUGGCGCGCGCCCUGCCCGUGCGCUCGCCCGCGGAUGUGCUCAGAGCGCGCCUGCGCGCCCACAUGCUCACCGCGCUGGCGGCCCACGGCGCUCUCACCACAUCAGCGCUGUUCGUGGCGUACCAGCGCGUGUACGGGCGGCAGCUGCGCCUGGCGGACUACGGGCUGCGCGACGUCAAGGCGCUCGUGGCGCUGCUGCCACACGUGCUGGCCGUCAGCGAGGGGUGGCCGGGGCAGGCCGCGCGCAAGAAGAUGAGCGUUGAGGCGCGCGAGGCCAUGGCCCGCCGCCGCACAUUCUCCCUCGUGCGCUCCCACGGCAACCUGCGCGCGCUGGCACUGGUGCAGUCGCGGCUGCGGUGCGUGGUGGUGGCCGUGCUGCAGGCGCAUGUGGCCCGCGCGGAUGCCGCCUAUGCUGCUGCGCGCGUGGCACGGGGCAGCGCUGGUGCGGUGGGGGGAAGAAGUGGGGAGGGCGCAGAGCGGAGUGGCAAGGGCGAGCAGGUCCCUGGGGACGGCAUGGUGCCAAGUGAAGGCAGCAGUAAUGGCGAGGACGGGAGCAGCAGGAGCGAUACAACUGGCAGUGGGAGUAUUAUACGCAGCGGCAGCAGCGGUGGCACGAGGAGCAGUGCGCGCGACAGGAGGGCGAGCAGGUGGAUGGCGGUGGAGGAACUGGGCGCGGCAGUGAGGCGCGCGUGCAAGGAGAGGCUGGGCGUGCUGCUGACCCGCCACGGGUACGGGCGAGACGCCUUCUGCAACGUGUCUCAGAAGGCUCGCCUGGUGGCGGUGCUGGCAGACAUGCCCGACCUCGUGCGACUGAAGAAGCUGAGAGGGGCGGGGGGUGUGGUGCUGGUGGGGCUGGUGGCUGGCGCUGAGGCCGACCCCGUUGUGAGCCAGUGGGCUGAGCGGAACGAGCAGCUGUGGGAUGGGCGCGUGUACUCGUGGCAGGACACCCGUGGGGAGGGGGAUGGCGGCUGGGAUGAUGAGGAGCGGGAUGAAGACGAGGAGGAAGAGGAAGAGGAGGAGGAGCAAGCAGAUGUUGGGAGGUGGGUGGUAAGGGAGGCUGUGAGGAGAGGAGGAGAGCGGGACAUGUUGGGUGAUGGAAGUGAGGGUGAUUGGAGUGAGGAGGGGAGUGAUGGAGAGGAGGGGGAGGAAGAGGAGGAAGAUGAGGAAGAGGAGGAAGAGGACGAGUGGUGGGAAGAUGAUGAGGAGGAGGAGGGUGACGAGGAGGAGGAAGAGGAGGAGGCAGAGGAUGAGGAGGAAGAAGAGGAGGAAGAAGAGGAGGAAGAAGAGGAGGAGGAAUAUGAGGAGGAGGACGACGCAUACAGUGAAUGGGGCGAGAAGGAGGAGGGCGAGAGUGGGCAAGAGCAGGGCAGCAGCGCGGGCGUAGGGGGGGUGCAGGCACAUGGAGCCUCGUCCUCGCCUGGGGAGUGCAGAGCAGGGGCAGCAGGUGGUGGGGUUGUUGAGGGAUACCGUGUGGUGGCAGGGUGGGAGGAUUGGCGGGGCGAGGAGGGCGAGGAGGGCGAGGAGGGCGAGGAGGGCGAGGAGUAUGCGUACUAUGCGGCAUAUGACAGCCAUGAGAGCGAGGGGGAGGGGGAUGGAGAUGCUCGGAAUGACAAUGAGCACCAGGGCAGCAGCAACGGUGGGCAGUGGCCUGACGGUGUCCCCACACCCGUGCAGUCCGCCCCGCGCCUUGCUCGCCUUCCUCGCCACCCAGCCCGCGUGCCUGCUGCCUCUGAGCACGGCCAGGGCGGCGUGGGUCAACUGUUGCAGCACCACGCACAUCCCACUGCGCUGCACAAGCCAGACUGCCAUGCCCAAGACUCCCCAGGUGCUGCCCACACCACAGCAUUCCACGACCCGCUGUGGACCGCCGUGUUUGCCUCCGCGUCGGCCCUGCGCUCGCCCCUCGAGCUCGCCCUCCUUCGCUUCUCCCUCCGUACUCUCACUCUCCUCGCCGCCCGCGGCCCGCUCCCACUGGGCGGCAUGGCUCGGGAGUUUGUGCAGCGUGGGUGGUGGAGGCCCGACCCUGCUCGGGUUGAUGUGGAUGCGUUGGUUAGGCCAAUUACCACGGUGGUGCGUGAUUAUAAUGAGUAUGCGUAUAUCGAGGGAGGUAGAGUGAUGGGAGGGGAGGAAGGUACGAGGGGUGGAGGAGCCAAUGUGGUUGGUGUUGCCGGCACUCGUAGUUGGAGUGAGGGUGGUUCUUCUGGUGGUGGUGAAGCUGAAGCUGCGGCUGCUUGGGUUGGGGGUGCAGCGGUGAACGGGAGGGGAUGGGUGCAGCGCGAGCAGAGGCUGGCAGUGGUUGGGAGUGAGAGGGCGUUGCAGCUGCUGAGUCUCGUGCAGUCAGGGCUGUGCCGUGUGGUGCUGGGGGUCGUGCUCACACACGGUGCUGACUGGGAUGCCCCCGCUGCUCCCUCUGAGCCCCUUCAAAAGGACAGCUCUAGACACAGCAGCAGCAGCAGCAGCAGGUGGAUGUGGCUGGAGGAGCUAGCAGGCAGGCUAGAGGAGCACACAGGGCAUUCCCUGCCGAGCCUGCUCGUCAGGCACGGGUACGGCAGCCGUUCCUUCCCCGGGUGGUCUGUGAAGGCCCGCCUGAUGGCGCUGCUGGGUGACAUGCCUGACCUCGUGCGCGUGGGCGAGGCAGGGGCGCUGCUGCCAAUGGGGGAGAUGACCGAUGGGGAACACAGCGGCGCGUUGAAGCACCAUGAAGAACAUACGUGCAAGGGCGAGCAGUUGAAGGAACGGAGUGAGGAGGGGGCGUACAUGUGGAGGGAUGGGUGUGUGGAUGAUGAGGAGGCAGCUGAGGAGUGGUGGCUGGAGAUGGAUGGCGGGGAAUGGGCUGAGAGUGAUGAGCUGGGCCUGCGGCAUUGCGGCCUCGUGGUUAUGCUGGCAGAGGGCGCUGAGCUGGACCCGCGCUUUAAGACAUGGCACGUGCGCAACGAGGGCAAGUGGGACGGGCGCGUCUACUCCAUGGCUGGCCUCAGCCUUGGGAUUGCCUCUGCCCUUGCCUCUUUUGGCGGUGGUGUCGAACAGAAGGUGCAAAGCAAUGGAUUCAAACGUGAGGGGAAGGAUAAGGUGUGGGGAAUGGAUGGGAUGGGAUUCGAUGAUGGUCUUACAAGCAGAGACGGUGUGAGGGAGGAUGUGAUGGAGCGCGUGGUGAGCCAUGUGAGUGAUUGGUUGGUGAAUGUGCCGGAGGGAUUUGAUGUGGAGAGAGUGGUGGAAAUGGAGAGGAAGUGGAGGGAGGAAGAUGCGGAACUUGAACUGAGUAGUCAAGUGGAGGAGGAUUUGCACGAACAGGGCCACGAGGGGCGGUACUCCGUGUACGUGCACGCGUCCACCCCCGGCUUCACCUUCCCGCCUGACUUCUCCCCCACCUUCCGAGAUGCUCUCAUCCGAGGCGGCAAGGUGGCAUGGGGCGACUUCUCAAUGGUGGCAGCCGAGAGGAAGCUGCUCGCUGCUGCCUUCUUCGACCCCCUCAACGCCUUCUUCGCCCUCCUCUCCGACUCGUGCAUCCCCCUGUGGCCCUUCACCUUCAUCUACAGCUACGUCGCCUCCGCCAACGUCAGUCUACUGGAUGCGCACCAUGACAAGUACCGCAUGGGAUUCCGGCGCUACGAGCGGCACAUCUUCAGUCCGCUCAUUCACAAGGACGACUAUGUGGGGGGCAGCCAGUGGCUUGUGCUGCGGAGGAGGCACGUGCAGAUGAUCACGAGGGACACGGCACACUACCUCACACACCAGAAGAGCUGCCAGUUCCGCAUGAAGAGGGGCAGCCGCUUCUGCUGUGCCGAUGAGCAUUACAUCCAAGUGCUGCUGCAUCUGUAUGACCCCUCGGGAAUAUCCCGCUAUCCCACAACCUUCGCCGAUUGGAGUCUGUCAGAGUGGCACCCCAAGCUUUUUGCUGCUGAGAAUGCCACCAGUGACCUUAUAACGAGUAUAAAGUCAUCCAAGCAAUUUCUCUCCUACCGCAAUUUUUGGAAGGAUUUACGGAGCAAUUUUUCCUAUAUCGAAGAUCCAACUCUUCCACAACCUGAAUGG